AGAUGUAACAAUUCACACAAAACAACAGAACAAAGUGACACUGACUUUAAAAACUCUGUUUUUUUUCAUCAUUUUGAAAAUGGCCUCAACAAAACAAUAUUUUUCUGCUGCUGGCAAGCCUAUUCGUUGCAAAGCUGCAGUGGCAAGAAAAGCAGGAGAACCACUGGUGAUAGAAGAAGUGAUUGUGGCUCCUCCUAAAGCACAUGAAGUUCGACUAAAAAUCAUUUGCACUUCUCUCUGUUAUACUGACAUUAUCGUAUGGAGGAUGAAAGAAUUUCCUGGCUGCCUUCCAAGAAUCUUAGGCCAUGAAGCUUUCGGGGUUGUCGAGAGUGUUGGAGAAGAUGUUAAUGAGUUCAAAGAAGGAGAUUCAGUUGUACCGAUAUUUUUGCCUGACUGUAUGGACUGUGUAGACUGUAAAUCCAAGAAAAGCAACCUUUGUUCCAAAUUCCCAUUUCAAGCGUCUCCGUUGCUGCAUAGAGAUGAUACAAGCAGAUUCACUAAUGCUGAAGGAGAAACUUUACAUCAUUUCUUGUAUAUAUCAAGUUUUUCCGAGUACACAGUCGUUGAUGUUGUUAAUGUAACAAAGAUUGAUCCUGAAAUCCCACCUAACAGGGCGUGUCUUUUGAGUUGUGGUGUAUCAACAGGAGUUGGUGCUGCCUGGAAAACAGCAAAUGUGGAACCAGGUUCGACAGUAGUUAUCUUCGGUUUAGGAUCAGUUGGAUUAGCAGUUGCCGAGGGAGCAAGGCUAUGUGGUGCUACCAGAAUUAUCGGCGUUGGUAGGAACUCUGACAAGUUUGAAAUAGGGAAGCAGUUUGGAGUUACUGAGUUUGUCAAUUCCAAAAGCUGUGGGGAUAAACCUGUUAGUCAGGUAAUAAUUGAGAUGACUAAUGGAGGUGCUGAUUAUUGCUUUGAAUGUGUUGGUCUAGCAACACUUGUGCAGGAAGCAUUUGCCUGCUGCAGAAAGGGUUGGGGUAAAACAAUUGUUUUAGGAGUUGAUAAGCCAGAUGCACAGCUGAAUCUUAGCUCCUUUGAGGUUCUUCAGAGUCAGAAAACUCUCACGGGAUCAUUCUUUGGUGGUCUAAAACCCAAAUCUGAUGUUCCUAUCCUCGUUAAACGUUACCUUGACAAGGAAUUGGAGCUGGACAAGUUUGUCACACAUGAAGUGAAUUUUAAAGAUAUCAAUAAGGCGUUUGAUUUACUCAUUCAAGGAAAGAGCCUACGCUGUGUUAUCUGGAUGGACAAGUGAUUUAUCUUACUUCAAUCUGUGCCUUGUUUUCAAUUAAUUGUACCUCAGCUCUCAAUAACCAUUUGGUCUCGAGCUAGAGCCAAACUUAGACAAUUUCUUAAUAUAUGGAUGUGAUCAUGAGUAUGACAGAUUAUUACAGCAAACAUAUUAUUGCAGAUUUUGCAAAUGUUUUAUCUCAGAAAUAGACAAGUAACUGAG